AUGGAGCGGAGGGGAGGAAGUGAAGUGAAACAAGCAGCAUUGGUGGAGACACCACAAGAGUCGCUUCAUGCAAUGGCGGAAGUAAAGUACGCGGGCCACCGCGAGAAGAAGAAGCGGUUAACAAGCAGCCAGAUUGAGUCAUUGGAGAGAAGCUUUCAGGAGGAGAUAAAGUUGGACAGUGACAGGAAGAUAAAGCUUUCCAGGGAGCUUGGCCUCCAGCCUCGCCAAAUCGCGGUUUGGUUCCAGAAUAGGCGAACAAGGUGGAAGGCCAAGCAGCUUGAGCACUUGUACUUUGCCCUUAAACACGAAUUUGAUCACAUCUCCAAUGAGAAGCACAAGCUUCAAGAAGAGGUUAUGAUGUUGAAGGCAAGCCUAAGAGAGCAAGCAUUUAGAGCACAUGUAUCUGGUGUUUACACAGAAAUGUCUGGGGCAGAAACAAUUGUAGAUGGCUACAGCUGCUUUCUUGUGGAGGAUCAUCAUAACACUGUUCCACUGCCUCGAUGGGCCGUUGCACCAUAUUGUCCCUAA